UAAUCUUGGCGCCAGCCACACAUAACAUAACAGAAAAACAGAGAACUCUCUCUCUCUCUCUCUCUCUCUCUCUCUCUCUCUGUCUGUCUGUAACAAUGGCUCUCACUCUCAGAGUUGUGAAUGUAAACAGUAUAGGAUUUGAGUCAUGUUCACGUUGUUCAACUUUUAUUUCUCCCAAUCCCUCAAAUUCUCGCUUUGUGUCUGCUGGGUGUUCUAAAGUUGAGCAAAUUUCAAUAGUUACCGAAGAAUCUGAAAACUCACUCAUCCAAGCUCUUGUUGGCAUCCAAGGACGUGGACGUUCUUCUUCUCCACAACAACUCAAUGCUAUUGAGCGUGCUAUUCAAGUCCUAGAACAUAUAGGGGGUGUGUCUGAUCCGACAAAUUCAAGUUUGAUUGAGGGUCGAUGGCAGCUCAUUUUCACCACAAGACCUGGAACAGCAUCACCCAUUCAGAGAACGUUUGUUGGGGUUGAUUUUUUUAGUGUAUUUCAAGAGGUUUAUCUUCAAACAAAUGAUCCACGCGUAACCAAUAUUGUGUCAUUUUCUGAUGCCAUCGGUGAGCUCAAGGUUGAGGCAGCAGCAUCCAUUGGAGAUGGAAAAAGAAUCCUUUUUAGGUUUGACAGAGCUGCCUUUUCUUUCAAAUUUCUUCCAUUUAAAGUUCCAUAUCCAGUUCCAUUUAAGCUUCUCGGAGAUGAAGCAAAGGGUUGGUUAGACACCACAUACUUAUCGCAUUCAGGAAACCUUCGCAUCUCAAGAGGGAAUAAGGGAACCACAUUUGUGCUGCAGAAGCAAACUGAACCCAGACAAAAGUUAUUAACAGCAAUUUCAUCGGGGGUGGGUGUUCGAGAGGCAAUAGAUAAACUCAUUUCCUUAAAUAAGAAUUCUGGGGAAGAAGAUCCAGAACUAGAAGAGGGCGAAUGGCAGAUGAUAUGGAAUUCACAGACUGUGACGGAUAGUUGGUUAGAGAAUGCUGCCAAUGGUCUGAUGGGAAAGCAGAUUGUCGAGAAGAAUGGACGAAUAAAGUACGUGGUUAAUAUCUUGCUUGGGCUGAAGUUCUCCAUGUCUGGAAUUUUUGUAAAAAGUAGCCCGAAAGUGUACGAGGUUACAAUGGAUGAUGCAGCCAUAAUUGGUGGCCCAUUUGGAUAUCCCCUGGAAUUUGGCAAGAAGUUCAUCUUGGAGAUUCUAUUCAAUGAUGGUAAGGUCAGAAUUAGCCGAGGAGACAAUGAAAUUAUUUUCGUACAUGCUCGCACAAAUGCACAGUAGUUGUAUUAUUGCUAGCUAAAUCAGUAUUCUAAAUACAACAUGGAAGGUCUAUUACUCUAUUUAUUAACUUUCAUUUUUAGCUGCGUUAUAAGAAAUCACUAUGUUAUUA